UCUCUCAUCUCUCUCUCUCACUCUCUCUCCGCACUCGCUCAUCCUCGUCCGCCACCAACAUGUCGACCUUGAAGGAGAUCUUGACUCGCCGCCCGGUGGCGGCGACGAUCAGGCUCACCGUCCCCGCCGGCGAAGCUCGGCCGAUGCCGCCGGUGGGCCCAGCGCUCGGCCAGUACAGGCUGAACCUGAUGGCGUUCUGCAAGGACUUCAACGCCCGGACGCAGAAGUACAAGAAGGACACGCCCAUGUCCGUCACGGUCACCGCCUUCAAGGACAACACCUUCGAGUUCACCGUCAAGUCGCCGAGCGUCACGUGGUACCUGAAGAAGGCCGCCGGGAUCGAGUCCGGCAGCGGCCGGCCCGGCCACGCGGUCGCGUCCACGAUCGGGUUGAAGCACGUCUACGAGAUCGCCAAGGUGAAGCAGUCGGAUCCGUACUGCCAGUACAUGUCCCUGGAGUCGAUAUGUAAGUCCAUCAUCGGGACUGCUAAUUCGAUGGGGAUUCAGGUUGUGAAGGAGUUGGAGUGAGGCGAUUUCGCAGAUGGGUUGGCGUAAUUACCUUCCCCGUGGUUGCGUUUCUUCUGGAAUUCGUUGGUUCAGGUGAAUGCCCGACAAUCGAGGAGAUAGAGAAAUGCGAGCCUCUGUUCGAUGCAAUUCCUGUUUGACGAAUUGGGAAGAUUCUAUUACAUGUUGUCUUCUCUUGAUUCCGAGAUGUCUUGUCGUUCAGAAGAAUAAAGUCUGAUGUUUAACUU